AUGAAAGCGUUGGAGCGCGAGCGAGCUGCUUCGUUGUCGCAAGCAGCGGGUCUGCCAAGCCACAAUUUGGCUGAAUCAGCAGGCUUUUUGGACGAGCCAACGACGCCGCUGACGUGUCACGUGAGGGGCUGGGCCAUGAGGCUGAAAGGGGAUGCUAAGCCGCUUUGGGACAUGGUUGGCGUGGCCGAGCUCCAAAAAGGGAAGAAGAUGGACAUUCCAUUUGCCGGAGGCUCUGAGGAGAACUACUGA